GUAAAAGAAGAGGCCCGGCCCAGCAACUGCAGCAAGAUCUCCUUGUUCUUCAGGAGCAAUCCUUACUUCCACAAUGCACUUCUCGUGAAGGAGUUUGUCAGGCACACCACAGGAUACAGGGCAUCCCGUAGCACUCCAAUUCAGUGGUGUGCCGCCUAUAAGCACAGAGCUGACAGCCGCAGCCAGCAAAACCGGAGCGCUAACUUCUUCAACUGGUUUACGGAUCACACUUUAGCAAACUGCGAAAGGAUUACUCAGAUCAUCCUGGAGGACUUGUGGCUCUGUCCCCUGAGCUACUACUACUCCGAUUUCAAAAAGACACCUGAAGAGGGAGCAGAACAUACCGGUGAGCAAGUGAGCCGAAGGCAGUUGGAACGCAGUGCCUCCACGAAGGAAACCCCCUCCCUUCGCUAUGUGUCUCUCCCCCCGCCUCUCUCUCUGUCUCUCUGUCUCUGUCUCUCUCCCCCGCCCUUGUCAUGCUCUGUGUCUGUUAUUCUAUGGGUCCCCCUCCUUUCUCCUCCUUUGAUCUUUCCUCCUUCCCCUCGCUCUACCUCUGUUUACUCCCCCUUUGGCUUUCUUUCUGUAUUUCG